AGAAGGAACAGUGGGUGUCCAGGCACAUCAGACCAGGCAGCUCGCAGCAAAGCAAGAUGUGUCCUCAGAAGCUAACCAUCUCCUGGUUUGCCAUCGUUUUGCUGGUGUCUCCACUCAUGGCCAUGUGGGAGCUGGAGAAAGACGUUUAUGUUGUAGAGGUGGACUGGACUCCCGAUGCCCCUGGAGAAACAGUGAACCUCACCUGUGACACGCCUGAAGAAGAUGACAUCACCUGGACCUCAGACCAGAGACAUGGAGUCAUAGGCUCUGGAAAGACCCUGACCAUCACUGUCAAAGAGUUUCUAGAUGCUGGCCAGUACACCUGCCACAAAGGAGGCGAGACUCUGAGCCACUCACAUCUGCUGCUCCACAAGAAGGAAAAUGGAAUUUGGUCCACUGAAAUUUUAAAAAAUUUCAAAAACAAGACUUUCCUGAAGUGUGAAGCACCAAAUUACUCCGGACGGUUCACGUGCUCAUGGCUGGUGCAAAGAAACAUGGACUUGAAGUUCAACAUCAAGAGCAGUAGCAGUUCCCCUGACUCUCGGGCAGUGACAUGUGGAAUGGCGUCUCUGUCUGCAGAGAAGGUCACACUGGACCAAAGGGACUAUGAGAAGUAUUCAGUGUCCUGCCAGGAGGAUGUCACCUGCCCAACUGCCGAGGAGACCCUGCCCAUUGAACUGGCGUUGGAAGCACGGCAGCAGAAUAAAUAUGAGAACUACAGCACCAGCUUCUUCAUCAGGGACAUCAUCAAACCAGACCCGCCCAAGAACUUGCAGAUGAAGCCUUUGAAGAACUCACAGGUGGAGGUCAGCUGGGAGUACCCUGACUCCUGGAGCACUCCCCAUUCCUACUUCUCCCUCAAGUUCUUUGUUCGAAUCCAGCGCAAGAAAGAAAAGAUGAAGGAGACAGAGGAGGGGUGUAACCAGAAAGGUGCGUUCCUCGUAGAGAAGACAUCUACCGAAGUCCAAUGCAAAGGCGGGAAUGUCUGCGUGCAAGCUCAGGAUCGCUAUUACAAUUCCUCAUGCAGCAAGUGGGCAUGUGUUCCCUGCAGGGUCCGAUCCUAGGAUGCAACGUUGGAAAGGAAAGAAAAGUGGAAGACAUUAAGGAAGAAAAAUUUAAACUCAGGAUGGAAGAGUCCCCCAAAAGCUGUCUUCUGCUUGGUUGGCUUUUUCCAGUUUUCCUAAGUUCAUCAUGACACCUUUGCUGAUUUCUACAUGUAAAUGUUAAAUGCCCGCAGAGCCAGGGAGCUAAUGUAUGCAUAGAUAUUCUAGCAUUCCACUUGGCCUUAUGCUGUUGAAAUAUUUAAGUAAUUUAUGUAUUUAUUAAUUUAUUUCUGCAUUUCACAUUUGUAUACCAAGAUGUAUUGAAUAUUUCAUGUGCUCGUGGCCUGAUCCACUGGGACCAGGCCCUAUUAUGCAAAUUGUGAGCUUGUUAUCUUCUUCAACAGCUCUUCAAUCAGGGCUGCGUAGGUACAUUAGCUUUUGUGACAACCAAUAAGAACAUAAUAUUCUGACACAAGCAGUGUUACAUAUUUGUGACCAGUAAAGACAUAGGUGGUAUUUGGAGACAUGAAGAAGCUGUAAAGUUGACUCUGAAGAGUUUAGCACUAGUUUCAACACCAAGAAAGACUUUUUAGAAGUGAUAUUGAUAAGAAACCAGGGCCUUCUUUAGAAGGGUACCUAAAUUUAAAAGAAUUUUGAAAGGCUGGGUAUCGGUGGUAUAUGCUUUUAAUUCCAGCACUCAGGAGACCAAGGCAGGCAGAUCUCUGUGAGUUUGAGGACAGCCUGGUGUACAGAGGGAGUUCCAGCACAGCCAGUGCCACACAGAAAUUCUGUCUCAAAAACAAUUAAAAAAAAAAAAACUAGAAAUUGGAAUCCAGGUUUGGGUCUGUAGCUCAGACGGCAGUGUGCUUGUCUAACAUUCAUGAGGAGCUGGCUUUGGUCCCCAGCACUGCAUAAACUAAGUAUGUUGGUACAUGCCUUAAUUCUAGCACUGGGGCGAGAGAGGCAGAGAACUCACAAGUUCAAUGUCAUCCUUAGCUACACAACAAGGCCAGGCUGGACUGCAUGAUAGCGUGAUAUAAUAUCUCAAAAAGAAAGGAAGGAAAUAGGGGUGGGGAGAGUCGGUUGCUUACCUUCUUGGCAGGCCUCACAUCCCACACUCAUAAGACACAGGAGCAGAGACAUCCUGGCUGUCUGGAAGAACAGAAGCUUUUGGAAUUUGAGGGAAAAUAUAGUGUAGCUGUGACAAAAGGGCAUAAAAUCCAGGGUGACUUAAUCGCCACACAAAUGGAUGCAAAGAAAACCAUCCAGGUUCGCCAUGUCAUCAGCCUGAGUGAUCCUAAGGUACAGAUAUGACCAGACAAGUUCCAUCGUGCCAUGAAGAUACUACGGCUACCUCAGGACACAAUGGCCACACUCCUUGUAGUGACUUGCGUAUGUUUUUCAUGUGUUGGUUUAUUUGUUUAUGCUUUCUGAGAUGAAAUAAAUAAAAACUCUUCUUUGC